AAAAACAUGGGUUUUCCUUUGGAAUACCCUACUUGUCGUAGAGAUCAAUCCGUUGUUGACGACUACCAUGGUGUUAAGAUUACUGAUCCUUAUCGCUGGCUCGAAGAUCCUGAUUCGGAUGAGACUAAAGAAUUUGUUGAAAAACAAGCGAAUUUGACAGAGUCAUUGCUUAAUACAUGUGAAACAAGGGAGAAACUUCGAUGUCAGCUUACCAAAUUAUUUGAUCAUCCUAGAUAUUCUACUCCAUUCAAGAAAGGAGAGAAAUAUUUUUACUUUCAAAAUACAGGUCUCCAGCCUCAAAGUGUUUUAUACAUGCAGGAUAACAUUGAUGCAGAAGCUGAGGUAUUGGUUGAUCCGAAUGUGUUUAGUGAAGAUGGAACUGUAUCAUUGAAGAUAGCUGCUGUUAGUGAGGACGCCAAAUACUUGGCUUAUGGACUUAGUUCAAGUGGUAGCGAUUGGGUUAGCAUUAAUGUAAUGAGGGUUGAAGAUAAGUUUCUUGAGCCUCAUACUUUAUCAUGGGUUAAGUUUUCUUCCGUUACUUGGACGCAUGAUAAUAAAGGGUUCUUCUACAGUAGAUAUCCUGCUCCCACGCAAGGAGAGAAACUGGAUGCUGGGACAGAGACGAAUUCAAAUCUUAAUCAAGAGCUUUAUUAUCACUUCUUGGGAACAGAACAAUCUGAAGAUGUUUUAUGCUGGAAAGAUCCUGAAAACCCAAAGUUUAUGUUUGAGGCACAAAUUAUGGACGAUGGGAAGCAUGUUCUUUUAUACAUCCAAGAGAGCUGUGACCCAGUCAACAAGCUUUAUUAUUGUGACUUAUCAACCAUCAAUGGGCUCGAAGGGUUCAAGAACAGAACUGACAUGCUUCCUUUUGUUAAGCUUGUUGACCAUUUUGAUGCAAGCUACAGAGCUGUUGCAAAUGAUGGCACGCAGUUCACCUUUCUGACUAAUAAAGAUGCUCCAAAGUAUAAGUUAAUCCGGGUUGAUCUCAAGGAACCAAGUGUUUGGACCAAUGUGAUUGAAGAAUCAGAGAAAGAUGUCCUUGAAUCUGCUGAUGUUGUGAACGGUAACCAAAUUCUGGUGAGUUACUUGAGUGACGCUAAGAAUGUUCUACAAUUAAGGGAACUGAAGACAGGCUUGCUAGUACAUCAGUUGCCCAUUGACAUCGGCACGGUUUAUGGGAUUUCGGGAAGGCGCAAAGACAGUGAGGUUUUCAUUGGAUUUACUAGCUUUCUUACCCCUGGGAUUAUAUAUCGGUGCCACUUAGCAGGGGACGCACCUGAAAUGAAGAUGUUCCGAGAAAUAGUGGUUCCUGGAUUUGAUCACACUGAGUUCCAAGUUAAUCAGGAAUUUGUACCUAGCAAAGAUGGAACCAGAAUACCUCUUUUCAUUGUGUCAAAGAAGAAUAUGAUAUUGGAUGGAUCACAUCCUUGUUUACUGUAUGGUUAUGGGGGUUUCAACAGCAGCCUUACUCCAUCAUUCAGUGUUAGCAGAACUAUUCUUACCAGGCAUUUAGGAGCUGUUUUCUGUAUGGCAAAUAUUCGUGGUGGUGGAGAGUACGGAAAAGAAUGGCAUAAAGCAGGGUCACUCGCAAAAAAACAGAAUUGCUUUGAUGACUUUAUUUCUGCUGCAGAGUAUCUCGUGUCUGCUGGUUAUACCCAGUCCACAAAGUUGUGUAUUGAAGGUGCAAGCAAUGGUGGACUCUUAGUUGCUGCUUGCGUUAAUCAGCGACCUGAUCUUUUUGGCUGUGCUCUGGCUCAUGUUGGUGUAAUGGAUAUGCUACGUUUCCACAAGUUCACCAUAGGCCAUGCAUGGACUUCAGAUUUUGGCUGCUCAGACAAGGAGGAACAGUUCCAGUGGCUUAUCAAAUACUCACCACUUCACAAUGUGAAAAGACCCUGGGAGCAGCAUCAGAAUGAAAAACAACACCAGUAUCCACCUAUCAUGUUGUUGACUGCUGAUCACGAUGAUCGAGUUGUGCCAUUACACUCGUUGAAGUUAUUAGCAACCAUGCAAUAUAUCCUUUGCACAAGCUUGGAGAAUAGCCCACAGACCAACCCCAUAAUUGCUCGCAUUGAUCGCAAGGCUGGCCAUGGAUGUGGGCGUCCUACACAGAAAAGGAUUGAUGAAGCUGCUGAUCAGUAUAGUUUCAUGGCUAAGAUGUUGGGAGCUUCUUGGAUUAAUUAG